AUGGCGUAUGCGAAGUUUUCCAGAAGACAUCGUUUGAAAUAUCUAGUGUAUGCCCUUGUGGGAUUAUUUCUAAUUUAUGAAGCAUUCCAAUUAUCUAGUCAUGAGUUUUCAAUUGAAGAUAUCGAACGUCAAAUACUUAGUCAAGUAGGACCCACAUCACCUUCUAAAGGGCACAAUAAUCAAAUUCCGUUAUCGAUUCCUGAAACUCCGUUAAAAAAGCAGGAUGGUAGUAUUGCCAAACCAAAAUUAUCAGCAGAAGAAGUAGCCCAAGAAUUAAAAGAUAACGAAGCUAAAGAAGAAGAUGAAAUCCCUGAAAAGAAAGUUCCAUCAAGACCUCUUACUCCAGAAGAAUUGGCUUCAGUACGCGAUUUAACUGUAUUUUUCAAUGAUAUGGAAAAGUAUAGUAUAAAAGCUCCAUCAAUAAAAGAUAAAUAUAAGACAGAAAAGGCUAGGGAAUUAUUUGCUGGUGCUGAUGAUUUCUUGUUUUCUAAGGAAUACUUAGAAAAUGUACUUGAUAUAUCUCCUGAUACCUUUAAUGUAUUAAAAGAUUCUCAUACUCGUUAUUUACAAGAACAUAUACCUAAAUUAGUAGAUGAUCUUGGUCUUUCCACCUUUGGUAGUAUAUUAGAAUCUGAUCCUGAAUGGAAGGAUUACCAUGGUUCUGCAGGAUAUGUAUUAGUUGGAGGUGAAAGAUAUAGUUGGUUAUCAUAUUUAGUUAUCAGACAAAUCAGAGCAACAGGAGCUAAAUUACCUAUAGAAUUAUUCAUUCCAUCAGAAUUAGAAUAUGAAAAGGACUUUUGUGAAACUGUAUUACCAAAGUAUAAUGCUAAAUGUGUGGUAUUUAAUACUGAUUUUGCUAGAGAUUUAAGUAAACGAUUUAAUAUUGGUGGUUAUCAAUUUAAAAUGUUAGCUUUAUUAAGUUCAAAAUUUGAGAAUAUCUUAUAUCUUGAUUCAGAUAAUUUCCCAACUAAGAAUGUGGAAUAUAUCUUUGAUUCUGAAAUCUAUAAGAAGAGAAAAUUAAUAUUAUGGCCUGAUGCAUGGGCAAGAACUACAAAUCCAAAAUUCUUUGAAAUUGCUGGAGUUAAAGUACUUGAAAAUAAAUUAAGAUAUUCUGAUUAUGAUAGAAAACAAGCUGAACUUGCCGACAAACCCCUUAAAAAGUUAUCUGAAUACACUUUCGAAGAUUCUUGGUUUCAUGAUUUUGAAGGUACUUUACCUAAUCCAACUUCAGAAACUGGUAUGCUUAUCAUUAAUAAAACUACUCAUUUGAAAACUUUAUUAUUAUGUUUGUAUUAUAACGUUUUUGGUCCCGACUUUUAUUAUCCAUUAUUAACCCAAGGUUCAGCUGGUGAAGGUGAUAAAGAGACAUUCAUAGCUGCUGCAAGUGUGUUAAAAAAGCCAUGGUUUCAAACUCCAAAACAAUUCAGAUGGACGGGUUAUUUUAAAGAAAACGAUGAAGGAUUUACUUCGAAAGCUUUGGGGCAUCAUGAUCCAAUUCAAUCCUUAAAAGCAAAGGAUGAUAAGGAAGAAGUUGACAUUAUCUUUAUGCAUUUAUCAUAUCCAAAAUUCUAUCCAAGUUGGCUAGUAGAUAAUCAUGAUUUGGUUUAUGAAAAAUCAGGUAAUCAUAUUCGAAUGUAUGCUGAUAUCAAUGAUAAUGUAGGAUAUGAUUUUGAUUUAAGAGUAUUACAAUUAUUUACUCAAGGUUUAUGUAAGGAUUAUUACGAUUUAGAUGGAAUUCCAAUUGAUGGUACUGACGGACCGAAGAGAUCAGUGGAUUAUAUGGGUAAAUAUUUGAGAUAUAUUAGUACUGAUGAAACAAAGAAUAAGGAAAGAUGUGAGAAAGUCUUCCUUCCUCAUUUGAAAUGGUUAAAAGAUACCACCAAAUUCCCUAAAUCAAAACUGGUGAUUGUAUAG